CAGGAAGCGGCGGAGCAGGAUCGCUCCCGUGGCGGUGCUGGCUUCGGAGCCAUGGCGGAGAAGUUCGACCACCUGGAGGAGCACUUGGAGAAGUUCGUGGAGAACAUCCGGCAGCUCGGCAUCAUCGUCAGCGACUUCCAGCCCAGCAGUCAGGCCGGGCUCAACCAGAAGCUGAAUUUUAUCGUUACUGGCUUACAGGAUAUUGAUAAGUGCAGGCAGCAACUUCAUGAUAUUACUGUACCUUUAGAAGUUUUUGAAUAUAUAGAUCAAGGUCGAAACCCCCAACUCUACACCAAAGAGUGCCUGGAGAGGGCUCUAGCAAAAAAUGAGCAAGUUAAAGGCAAGAUUGACACGAUGAAGAAAUUUAAAAGCCUGUUGAUUCAAGAGCUUUCUAAAGUAUUUCCAGAAGACAUGGCUAAGUAUCGAAGCAUCCGAGGGGAGGACCACCCCCCUGCCUAACUUCAUCCUCUCUCUGUCUGAAGACCCUCCUAGCCCCGUGUGGAUCGCCGUGACCCUCAGGCAGCCUGUGACUGUGAGCGGCGCCAGUGCCGCUGCUCUGGGCCCGUCCUCCAGCCACCCUGUCCUCGUCACUGGACUCGGGGGCUGGCGGGGCCUGGGGGGCUGGUGGGGCUGUGCCGCCAGCUCUCCUCUCUGUUCCUGAUGUGCGUCUGUUUGAUCCUCAAGUUUUCAGAUGGCUGGUGAUCGCACAUCGUUGAGUGCGAUGCGUUUGAUUCUCCACGGCAAAGUAGUGUUGGGAUUAUUAACUAUGAUAGGUAAACGGAAAGCUGUUAAAAGUUCUACCUAAUAGUUUUCUUUUUAUGUACUCUUUCUGUUCCAUUUUAUUAUGAAGUCAAAGCCGAAAAAAAAAAAUUAAAAAUAAAAAAACUGGUUUAAUAUGAGAAUUACUUUAAAUUGGUUUUGUAUUUUAUAUUUUCAAGGAUAGUGCAUAGAGAAUGUGUUCACUGUGUUUACGUGGAUUUCAAUUAGACCUAAGCAUAUAAUAAAGUUUUUAAGUACUUA